GGUUGCGUGAAGCGUGGCUCGAAGUCGUGCAAUUUACGAGAUUCUCUCGACCUGUAGAUCCUUGUAUAAAAAUAAAAAACAAAUCAAAAAUUUUUCACUAUUUUUCAGUCAAACAAAAACAAAACUCGAAAUCAAAACAAACACCAUAAAUAUAACAUAAUAAAUAAAUAAAUGAUAAUGAUAUAUUGGUAUCACUAAUAUCAUAAGCAUAAGCCAUAGAGAGUUUAUGCUAUAAAAGAAAUGGUAAAUACACACCCAACUACAAAACAAGUUGUACCUAUUAUGUACUUAUUAUUUUGUCAACAAGUAAGUCUGUUUACCUUACAUAAAUAAGAUGGAAAUUAACCAUGAAUACAAUUCACUGUGCAAUGUACAGUGCAAAAUGGAAAUUGAAGCAGAUGAGAGCAAUUGUGAAUAUAUUCCAGACUUAGUGAAAAAUGAAUUUGAAGAAGAUAAGCCUGAUCUAAUUUGUCUUCAGACCAAUAUUGACAUUUCUAUUGAUUCUAAUAUCUUAUUAAGAGAAAGUCACUCUGAUUUAAUCGAAGUUAUCAAGUCUGAAGAUGAUAUAAGUUUACCUUGUAGCAAAAAUGUGGAAUAUAAACAAAUAGGAAUAGGGGAAAAAUCAAAUGUUGCUGAACAAAUUCUAAACAGUGAACAUGGGUGGCUUGAAGAAGACAAAAACGAUGUAAGUGAUGUAGAUAGUGUUUCGGAAAAUGAAUAUUUGGUAUCUGAACAUGAUAGUGAAAGUGAAUUGUCAGAAAACGGUGAAAGUCGAAUUGAUGAAUCUCAUAAUGGGGAAGAUAAUUCAAGAUAUAUGUUUGGGAAAAAUCGGUUUAGAUGGUGUAGAUCAGAAGUGCAGCCAGUGUCUAGUACAAAAAAUCAAAAUAUAACAAAAGUGCCUCUUUUAAAAUCAACAGCCCAAAAUCUUGGGGAAGAAGCUGAUGCAAUAUCUGUUUGGGGACUUUUAUUUACAGAUGAUAUGCUAUUACAUAUAGUCGAAUGGACAAAUUUUAAAAUUAGAGCUGUAAGAUUAAAGUACAAGCAUAAAUAUUUGUACUUGAAAGAUACAGAUUUGAUUGAGCUGAAGGCAUUCCUUGGACUUCUGAUUUUCACUUCAAUAUUCAACUCAAAUCAUGAAAAUAUUGAAACAAUUUUUGCUACCGAUGGAACUGGCAGAGAUAUUUUCAGAGCCGUUAUGAGUGUCAAAAGGUUUGCAUUACUCUUGUCUACACUUAGGUUUGAUAAUCUAGAAGACCGUAAUGAACGGAAGAAAAUGGAUCCCGUUGCACCCAUUGGACAAAUUUUCAGAAGUUUCAUCAGAAAUGUCCAGAGUGUAUAUGAACUUGGCCAGUCUGUAACAGUUGAUGAAAUGGUGGUGAAUUUUAGGGGAAAAGUUCGCUUUAAAAUGUACAUGCCAAAUGCAUCAAGCAAAUAUGGUAUUAAAAUUAUGGCUCUAGCAGAUUCUGGAAGUGGAUACUUGUAUAAUGCCUAUAUAUAUAGUGGCAAAGACUGUGAUGGAAUUGGUAUCCCUGAAGAGUACAAGGAAUUAUCCAAACCAACACAAUCUGUUGUUCGUCUUGUUGAACCCAUCUUUGGUACCAAUCGAAAUGUAACAGCAGAUAAUUGGUUUUCUUCCAUUGAGCUAAUAAAUGUUUUGCAGAAAAAUAAGCUCACUUAUGUUGGUGCUAUGCAUAAAAAUAAACAAGAAAUUCCUCGUCAAUUAUUACCCAAUAGAACUAAAAAAAUUGGAUCAGCAAUAUAUGGAUUUUGUGAAGAAUGCACUAUUAUUUCUUAUGUAGAGAAGAAAAAUAAGGCUAAGAUUCUAAUUUCUUCCAUGCACGGUAGAAAUUCCACAGAUCCAAUAACUAAGAAGCCUGAAAUACUAAGCUUCUAUAAUUCCACUAAAGGUGGAGUAGAUAUUAUUGACAAGAACUGCAGAAAAAAUUCUUCGAGCCGACGGACAUGCAGGUGGCCUUUGGCUAUAUUUUUCCGCAUCCUGGACAUUUCUGUGCUUAACUCGUAUAUUUUACAUCAAUGUUUUAAAGGCAACAAAAAAGUACCAUUACAAGUAUUUGCUAAGAACUUAGCAGAGCAGUUAGUUCGUGAACAUUUGGAACGACGUUUAAUAAACCUACGGAUAUCUCGUGAGCUUCGUGGUACUAUUGCUCGUAUUCUUGGUAAAUCAGAAGUUAUUGUGGUGAACGAAAAUGUUAAUUUGGUGCUAAAUAAACGCAAAGGAUGUUUUUUGUGCCAUAGUUCAACACACCGCAUGACGAAAUAUUUAUGUGCUCAAUGUCAUAAACCAGUCUGCUUGCAAUGCUCCAAACCAACAUGCUCUACUUGUUUAUAUAAUAAUAUGUAAGCUUAGAGAUUGUUGCUGUUUCUAUUCUUCGAUAUAUUUAGAUAUGCUAUUUAGUUUGUUACAAAAAAAGUCAUUGAAACAUUAUUAUUUUGUUAUCAUUUGGUAUGUUCCAAAUCACUUUGAAAUAAAUGUAUAAAUAUGACCCAAAA